AUGAUCAACGUGGCAAUUGAUUAUACGUGGACAGCGGCUUUCACAGCUGUGUUCGCCAUUGUAUUUGGUGUAUACUGGUUUUCGAGGUCUAAGAAGCAAUACAACUUGCCACCGGGACCAAAAGGAUGGCCAUUUGUAGGGAUGCUAUACAAUUUGGGCGAUACACCACAUAUACAGUUCAUGGAAAUGGCGAAGAAGUUUGGAAAUGUAUUUUCAAUGAAAGUCGGUACCCAACGCGUAAUAGUGUUGAAUGGCUAUAAAGCUGUGACUGAAGCAUUGGUGGAUAACAACUCCAUAUUUUCUGAAAGACCAGAUGCAUGGACCCUCAAAAGAGUAAAGGAUGGUGAUGGAAUAGUAAGUCGAAACGCUGAUCAUGUGUGGAAGGAACGUCGUACUUUUAUAGGUACGCAAUUACGUGACUUUACCAAGAGAUCUUUAGAGGCAACGAUUCAUGAAGAAGCUGAGAUGUUGUGUGAGGCACUUGGAGCCACCAAUUGCAAGCCUGUUGACUGUAGCCAUCUUCUGCGGUUUAUAAAUGCUAAUCUUUGGUGGGAAAUGGAUUAA